CAACGCUGUUGCUGGGUUUGUGAGCAAUCCAAGCAGUUCUGUAUGGUACGGAGGCGGAUGCGGCAUGUCUCGUUAGUGAGGAUUUUUGCUACAACCGCCGAACUUGGCAGGUGGCGGAAGCCGUGCCAUUAAUGCUGCGAGAUGCCUCCUCCGACCAUGGCCGAGACGGCCCGAGCAGAGGCCGGGCACACUUCGCCGAGAGAGACCGCCGUAUCCACUGGGACCGUCUCCGAGAUGCCCACGAUUCCCCAAGGAAGAGUCUUUGGCUCCCCCGCACCGCUCGGUUCCGACGAGUUCGACUUCGCUGUCAAGCCGGGGUCGCUUCGCGGGCAGAGCACCGCCGAGAACGAUCCCGCCGACUACUUGAAUGGGGGACAACCGCAUGAAAGAAUAUCCCCACUCACAAAUACUAGCGGCGGGCCCGAGCCGUCGUCCCCGGACGUCGAGGCGCCUCCCGAGCUUGCCGACGUGCUCGGGAUUGUUGAUCCGCCGUCGCCUGCGUUCCACCCGAGAAGUGUACAGUUCGCCCAAGAAGAUGGCAUCCCCGAUUCAGCAGCCACUCACUCCCGGGCUGGCUCUUGGGACACAAGGGAGGCUUUGGGGAGGCUUCGCGGUUCAGGCUUCAUAACGAAACUUAAAGAACUCGCCGGUCCCAGUGGAUCACAAACCCCAAGGGUGCCCAGCAUGUCCGCCUCCGAGCUGCCAUCGACGUCGAACUCACCUACGGCGCAGCGACAGCCAAAUCGGACCCCGCGUGGCACGAAUGGGGGUAGCGACGACGAUGCCGAUGCCGAAGAGACUGCUGAUGAGACCGCUGCAGGGCAAGGAAAGGGGAAACAAAAGCGGAAAAGGCGGAUGCGGAGGCUGAGAAUGGAGUCAUAUUCGGUGCCGACAACCCCCCAAGUGAGCUCCCUGGGUCCAGAAUCAUCCGACACUCAGAGCCGCCUUGCCUUUCUGAGGCGUACGACCUUCACUGGCGCCGACGACCAUGGGUUUUCCGAAGGCGAGGGCCGGGACCGUCUGAGCCGAGAGCGCGGCUUGGCAUUGAGGAAAGGGGUGACCUGGGUCCCUCGUCAGGGCGAUGACGGAGAAGAGGCUGAGGCGCCUUCGGGUCUGCGGGUAACCCAUCACUUUCGGCGUCUGUCCGCCCGCGGUGGUGGUGGUGGUGGCACCGGCGGUGGCGGGGCGUCUGAUGGAGAUGCUAUGAGCCCAAGACGGCCCUUCUUCGGGGCAGACAGAGCCUCAACCUUUGGUGUCCAGAAAUGGCGGCAGGUUAAGGGCGCCCUGAAGCUCCUGCGCCAGAAGAGGGACGAGCAGUUUGACUUCUCCAAGUCCGCAGAGCUGAUGGCUGAGCUGUUCGGCGGUGCUCCGGCGGUCCUGAUGCUCGCAAGCAUGAUCCAGCGGGACGAACAUGGAAACAAGAGGAUCCCCGUUCUGCUUGAGCAGCUGAGGCUGCGGAUUACCGACAGCACCCCAGCUCCGGACAAGGACAGCGAGCGUCAUUGGAUCUUCACCAUGGAGCUCGAGUACGGGAGCGGACCGAGCCAGAUGAAAUGGACCAUCAAGCGGACCAUCAGGGAUAUCCUGAACCUGCAUUGGAAGUACAAGCUGGCGCUGGGUAACGAGGGCUUUCCAUCCAAGAGUUCCGAUCACGGCGCUAAGAGGCCCAAGCAGCCGCGGUUUCCCCUGUCCGCCUUCCCGUAUCUCCGUGGUGUGAGAGGUUUGGAAGACAAUGAUGAAGAAGAUCCCGGCAACGAGUUGCGCCCCGGUGAUGGGCGCACUGCCGAGGAAACAGCUGGCGAAGGCACCGCUGGCGAGGCAACAGCUCAAGAAGGUACCGAUCUCGAGGACCGGCCUCCUAUCCGCAAAAAGCGGUCCCGCAUGGCCUACCUUGGCGGCCGGCGCAAACCCUCGACCCUUGGUUCAAACGCCGAUCUCAACCAGGUCGCCGCGGACGCCGCUGCGCAGAAGAGGAGAUAUGUGGAGCGGCAGCAGAGAAUGCUGGAAAAGUAUCUUCAGGACAUGAUCCGCUGGCUCAUGUUCAGACCGGACAGCAACCGAUUGUGCCGCUUCCUCGAAUUAUCUGCCCUCGGAGUUCGGCUCGCCGCCGAGGGUAGCUAUCACGGCAAGGAGUGCUACCUUCACAUCCAGUCAUCCAAAGGUCUCGACUUCCGCCGGGUGCUCACGCCAAGCAAGGUGAUUGCCAGGCACAGCCGGAAAUGGUUCCUUGUCCGGCAGAGCUACAUUGUCUGCGUGGAAUCGCCCGAGAAUAUGAACAUCUACGACGUCUACCUCGUCGACUCCAAGUUUCGGAUUGUUAGCAAACACAAAGAGAAGCAUCGCGGCUCCAAAAGCCAGGAGCAAGAUGAGGAUAUUGAGAGUCUCGACCCGUCUGCGCGGAGGCGCAGCGACAAACAUCACACGCUCAAGAUCCUCACUUCGGAGCGGAAGGUGAAGCUCUUUUCGCCCAACCAACACCUCAUAGCACAAUUCGAGGAGUCCAUCCUGGAGAUGCUGAAGAACACCCCGUGGCACCUCGAGAACCGCUUCGGCAGUUUUGCCCCCGUCCGGACCGGGGUGCAUGCACAGUGGCUGGUUGAUGGCCGCGACUACAUGUGGAACGUCUCUCGUGCUAUCAGCAUGGCCAAGGACGUCAUCUACAUCCACGAUUGGUGGCUGAGUCCGGAGCUGUACAUGAGACGGCCGGCUUGCAUCAGCCAGAAGUGGCGUCUCGACCGGCUCCUUCAGCGGAAGGCUGCCGAGGGUGUCAAGAUCUUCGUCAUCGUCUACCGCAACGUCGAAGCUGCCAUCCCCAUUGACUCCGAGUACACAAAGUUCUCGCUCCUCAAUCUCCAUCCGAACAUCUUCAUUCAGCGGUCUCCGCACCAGUUCAAGAAAAACCAGUUCUUCUUUGCUCACCACGAAAAGCUGUGCAUCGUGGACCACGAUAUUGCCUUCAUCGGCGGCAUCGAUCUGUGCUUUGGUCGGUGGGACACCCCGAAUCACCCCGUCGUGGACGACAAGCCCACCGGUUUCGAGCCCCAAGACGACCCCCGGGAUGCCGAGCACUGCCAGCUGUUCCCCGGAAAGGACUACUCCAACCCAAGGGUGCAGGACUUCUUCAGGCUCAACGAACCGUACGAGGAGAUGUACGACCGGUCAAUGACGCCCCGGAUGCCUUGGCACGAUAUCGGCAUGCAGGUGGUAGGCCAGCCGGCACGAGAUCUCACUCGCCAUUUUGUCCAGAGGUGGAACUAUGUCCGGCGUGGGCGAAAGCCGACGCGGCCCACCCCGUUCCUCCUGCCCCCGCCGGAUUGUAAGCAGGAGGAGCUCGAGGCUAUGGGCCUCAGCGGCACUUGCGAAGUGCAGAUGCUUCGCUCUGCCACCACCUGGUCGCUCGGGAUCCAGGAUACGGAACAUAGUAUCCAGUCGGCAUACAUCCAGAUGAUCGACAACUCGGAGCACUUUGUCUACAUUGAGAACCAGUUCUUCAUCACCAGUACCGAGACACUCAACACGAAAAUCAUGAACGGCAUCGGUGACGCUUUGGUCCGCCGCAUCGUGCGAGCCCACGAGAACGACGAAGAUUGGCGUGCGGUCAUCAUCAUUCCGCUGAUGCCCGGGUUCCAGAACGAGGUGAACGACCAGGACGGCUCCAGUGUGCGGCUAAUACUGCAAUUCCAGUACCGCAGCAUCUGCCGAGGAGAGCACUCGAUCUUUGGUCGCCUGCGAGCCGCCGGCAUCGAGCCGGAGAACUACAUCCAGUUCUUCAGCCUUCGGCAGUGGGGAAAGCUCAGCAACGGCGUCCUGACAACGGAGCAGCUGUACAUCCAUGCUAAAUGCAUCAUCGUCGACGACCGUGUCGCCCUGAUUGGGUCAGCCAACAUCAAUGAGCGGUCAAUGCUUGGCAGUCGCGAUUCCGAAACGGCCGCCCUCGUCCGCGAUACAGAUCUGAUCUGGUCAACCAUGGCCGGGCGUCCCUACCAGGUUGCGCGGUUUGCCCAUACAUUGCGCCUACGGCUGAUGAGAGAACACCUGGGCUUGGAUGUGGACGAGAUCAUGGAGGAGGAACGCCAGGCCGAUCUCGACCGCGAAGAACAGUUCAGAGCGGAGAUGGAUGAGAUUUAUGACGAGAAAUCCGACGCGUCGCCCAUGGAGGAGUGCUCCAAGCGACGGGCGUCAUCCCAUGCCGAACCGCCUCGGACCCCGACGCUGCCUCACGAGCCUCAGAGCUUCAGCCACGACGCAGCCGGCGAGGACGAGCGUCGCCGCCGAAGGCGCACGCUCUCUAAAGGUCCUAGGAGCAUGGAGCUGCCAGCAGAACUUCCAAAUGAGAAGCACAACCGGGAUGUCGAGGGAUUGGGCCACGGCCACGGGAAGACAGCACAGCAGGAAGGGCUUGACCAAGGAAGAGACUCCGUGGUUGUUAGUGACCGUGAAGUCCUUGUCCACGACAUCUCGCCAGAAGGGAAAGGCACAAUCGACAGCCCCAGACAGCCGCACAUCCUCCGUCGCUCGUCUGGCGCUGGCUCGUCUGGCGCUGCGACCCCUGUGGAGUCGGGCGGCCAUGAGGGCGUACCGCCGAUGCCGCCUUUCGACCGACGGACGACGGAGGAGGCCGGGCUCCCGCGGGCAAACCAAUUGCCGUCGCUGCCUGUCGGGGAUGAUACAGACAUUGGCGGCCCGCCAGUGCGCGUUGAUUCGGCAGGCCGGCCCAGCCACAGCAUCUUGGGCUCGCUGCCGCUCGAUCUGGUACUGGCUGACAUCCACAAGGACUGCAUGCGCGACCCGCUUAACCCGUCAUUUUACGACGACGUCUGGUGCCGAGCCGCCGAGAACAACACGAGGAUAUACCGGCGAGUAUUCCGGUGCAUGCCGGAUUCUGAAGUGACGAACUGGGCCGAGUACAAGGAGUUUGAGGAUUAUAACCGACGCUUCAAAGCGAGUAUGAGCGGGCAUCCGCCGAGCGAGGAUGGCGAGAAGCACGCUCCGCCGAGCCAAGCUGCUGCGGGCGCUGGCAUCGGCGCACCGGGCCCGGCUGCCGCUGAAGCCGCGAUGGUCGAGAAGUUGGGGGCCGCAGCGAAAGCUGCUGCUAAGCUUAGCUCUCACACCGGAGAUGGCGCCUUGGAUGAGAAGUCUGCUCUUGCCGAUGGGCCAAGGGGCGAUUUCCCGCGAUCGGAGGCCAAUCGCGACCCGGAGAAGCAGAACCACGCGGUCAACUCGAGCCUGGACACGCUACAGACCACAGAAACCAGCACGCGCCUGGCUGCGCGCCCCGACAGCCGCAACGACCGGCAUCCCACCUUCUCGAAUCAGGAGAAGCAUCCAUCAGCCAGCAUCAACGUCAACACCACCACUGCGAACGGGCCGUCUCCGGCAGACGGCAACGGCGACCCGCAGAGCACAGGUGUCAAGCUGGCAGGGUCGCAGAAAAGGCGACGACGGGCGACGACCAGGAGCAGCCGGCCGCGCUUCAGCGCGACUGAGGUGAUGCUGUCCAGGGGGGAGGCCGAGGAGCUGCUCAACCUCACGCAGGGCCCGCUGGUGCAGUUUCCGUACGACUGGUUGGUGGUGGAGGAGACGAACGGAAACUGGCUGUUCCAGGUCGACCAGGUGGCGCCGUUGUCUAUCUAGUAAGUUGUUCUCCCCCAUCGUUGUUCCCCUCUGUCUUCCUCUUGGUCCGAAUCGGGACCCUGGACCUCAGGUUGCUAACCCUGAUGCAGUAACUGAGGCCAAGCACACACAAAACUACCUAUCAAACUUGGGGAGAGAUGCUCCGGGUUAUGGAGCCCAUGCACUGGCGUUGUGGUACUGUGGUUUUGGGAUGUCCGACUUGAUGCAGCAUAUCCGGCGCAUUGUUUCCGAGGCCCUC